CAUCACCUCUCGCUCAUUUAGACAGAGACACGUAGUCUCUGCAUCGCAUUGACGUGCCUGGUAUCUCAAUCAACCUUCGUCCCUUUUGCCCCUCCAACCAUCAGACACCCGUCAAUAUCGGAGACUACAACAGUCUGCGAACAUCUCCAGCAGACUCACCACCUCACUCCAACAAUCAUAACACGCACACCUCUUCCAAACCUAUACAAAGACCAGGACCAGAAACAAUGCUAUCAACCCUCCUCGCAGCCCUCUGUCCAUGCUCGUGCACCAGCCCGACACCUCCCCCACCACCAAACACCACAUCAACCACAUCCACAACCACUUACAACCACCACCACCACCACCACCACCACCACCACAACAGCAUCCAAUACCAACAACCCCCCCUAGAACCCACCCUCACCCUCCCAGCCUACACCCCCCACCCCAACACCGAAACCCUAAACGAAAAGACCCUCGCCCUGCACCUCCGCGACCCGCCCAUUUCCUCAUCCAGCUACAACAACAACAACAAUUCCUUCCCCCUCGACGAGAAACACCCCUACACUACUACAUCCACCACCACCCCACAUACAUCAGAGACGAACUCUGCAGGAAACAAUGCAACAACAGCAGACGACGCCUCCUCGCAAAUCUCCUUCCCUAGCACAACCCACAGCUACGGAAACACAUCCACCGCGACGAGGGAGACGCCGCCUCCGCCGUACUCGCCGACGUGGAGGGGCCACGCAGAGGGGGAGGUCGAGGGUGUGAUUUCGCCGGUGCCGUCGUUGAGUUUUUCGGGUGAUGGGGAGAGGUCCAGGUCGGUGUCGGUUUCGGGGAGGAGUAGUGGGAGUUGGGGGGAGGAGGGAAGUAGUAUUGGCGAUAGGGAUGGGGAUAGAGUGGGGAUUGUGGCGCCGAGGGGGGUUUUUAUAGCUGGUGGUCAUGGUGGUAGAGGAGAUGGGUAUGGGAGGAGGUGGGGGGAUGAGGGGAGUAUUGGGGAGGAGUAUUAUGGGGUUGGGUAUGGCGUUAGGGAUGGGCAUUUGGGGAGGGUGAGUUAUGAGAGUGGGAGGAGCGGUGGUGGGAGGAGGGGGUCGUGGGGUGUAUAA